UAAUCCAAAGAAGAAAGACGGUGUCGUCACUUCGCUUUGAAUGAUACUCUCUCUAUGUCAAUAUAUACCUCUAUGUAACAAACCUACAAACCUUCUUCUUCUUCUGUUUCUGUUUUAUGGCUUACUUUCAAACCUUUGACAUCUUUCAUCUACAAUGACAUAACUUGACAUAAGUCUAAAAAAAAAACAAACCAAAACAAAUGGGAAAAUGAUAGGUUAGGUAGAAUAAAGGAAUAACAAUAACUUUAAAAACAAAAUUAAUUUAUUAUAUGCAAAUAACAAUGAAUGAAUAUGAAGAAGACUUUAAUAAAAUCUAUUUUUUCAAACUACAAGAUGAGUUGUUCCUUCCUCGCCAAGUAUUUGAAUCUCCAAAGUGGAGUAUACCAGAAUUACAAUCAAAGAAGAAUGAAUUAAAUAGAAUAAAAGGACGCCUAGGAAAGUAUAAACUGAAAGUGUGGUCUAAACACACCGCCCAUAGAGACCGAGCUGGUUUUGUCAUGAAAAAAUUGGCUGAGAAAAUCAAACCUGAACUUCUUACUCAAGCAUGGUGCAAAUUUUAUGAAAUCUUAGCACAUUUUCCAGUAAUUCCACUUUGUGCUGUGAGUAAUAAAAAGCUUGAAAGUCUGCAUUUAUGUGAAGCUCCUGGGGCAUUUGUUUGUGCAUUAAAUCACUAUCUUACCCUGAACUAUCCGGGUUUAGAAUGGGCCUGGAAUGCCAAUACCCUCAACCCAAAUUAUGAAGGUAACGAAUUGAAUGAAAUGAUACCUGAUGAUCGAUUUAUAAGACAUACAUUAAAGAACUGGAUAUUUGGUGCUGAUUUUUCCGGAGAUAUAACUAAAACUUACAACCAUGAAUAUUUGGUUAACUACGUCCAAUACGCAAAAGUAUCCCUAAUAACUGCAGAUGGUAGUGUGGACUGUAUGAGUGAUCCUGGGGAACAAGAACGUCAUGUCGAAAGAUUGCACUUUUGUGAAACAAUAACAGCAUUGAGAGUUUUACAAACAGGUGGAACCUUCGUUCUGAAAAUUUUCACCAUGUUUGAGGAAAGUACGCUCAACUUACUAUUCCUUUUAAACUGUUCCUUUGAUAAAGUAGCACUAUUUAAACCCUGUACAUCAAAAAGUGGAAACUCUGAAGUAUACGUGAUCUGUACCAAAUAUAAAGGAUUUAGCGUUAUUCAUCAUUUGUGGACAGGUUUAUGGAAUGCUUAUGAAGAUAUAGAAAUAUUUAAUUCAAACUCUAUGUUCUUCCUAACUCAACUACCUGAGAGUUUUCUAGCCGAAAUACAUAAGUGCUCAGAUUUUUUUAUGAAAAAACAAGCAGAUACUAUAUUGGAUAAUAUUUAUCAUUUUGAUCGAAGGAGUCAGGAUAAUAUUUUUAUUACAAAGUCAUUUGUAGCUCAAGUUUAUUUGGCUAGACACGAGAUCAAACCAAUACCAGAAAGUUCCAAGAUAGUACCAAAUAUAUGUGUGUCUGAGCUAUGGAGAGUCCAUUCAACUAAGAACUCAAGGCACUUUUUUAAUACGAAUUUACAAAACGUUAUACAUAAUAGAAAAAUUUCAAAUAGUUUGGAUAUUGUUAUUGGUAAAGAGAUACAAACUGUAUAUAAUUCCAAAUUUACUGACAACGACAAUCUAAGGAAGAUUCAAACGCUGUGUACAAAUAAUGAAAAUACAUCCGAUUUUUAUCAAUAUGUUUUGAAGGUGCUCCAAAAAAGUAACACUAUUAUAAACGUUAAAGAAUUUGAUGUUACUGUAUUCUCAAAAUUCCAAAAAGAAUUAUUUCUUAAAAUAGCUUCCAUUAUAGAGGUCGAUAAGAAUUUAAUACUAAUUAAUAUUCCCUUUGUAACGCAUUUUCUUGUAGGAUUACUCUAUUUAUUAAUAUUUUUUUACGAUAAAGUUUACAUGGGGAAAGGUGUAGUAUAUCUAUAUCAACCGAAAUCUAGUGUGUUCAAAAGUAUACAAAGUAUUUUUAACAGUAUUACAGAAAAGUACAAACUUGCAACUGAAUCAAAUGGCAGGUUUGAGCAGGAUAUUGUCCAUAUUGUUUCGCCGAGUGUAUUUGAAACUGGGUCUUUUAUUGAGACAAUCUGGAAUUAUAAUAAGUAUUUAUUUUGCGAGGAUAAAUGUUUUACCAGUCCUUAUACAUAUCACUUGCAAUGAGUAUAUAGUUCGUAUACGAAAAAUGGGAGUAUGAAUCUUUGAUAAAAUGUUUUUGUAUUUGGUAUGAAAAGGGUAUAGUCGAAUAAGUAAAGCAUUUACUUAGUUAAGCAAUACAAGAAAGAAAAUGUUACAUUUAAAUUAAAAAUUUUUUUCAUUAAUAACGCAGUAACUUGUAACGAGGUCGUUGCAUUGUUGCUCCAGGUAACUAAAUCAGUCGAAGAAAAGAGUUCGCUUUUUAAGACAUUUUUAUUUGGAAUCAAAACAUACAAAAGAUAAGAUAAUGAGCCUUAAUUACUCGUUAAUUUCGUUAAUAAAAUAUAUUUAUAAUCUACGCAUCGAGCUUUUUCUUCGGGCCGAUGUGACGAUAUUUUGUACAUGAAUGAAUGAUUUUGACGAUCGCGUGAAAUAUGAAUUACUUUUAUUAAUACGACAUGAAUGUAUAAGGAAAGGGAAGAAAGGGAAUCUCGCUCAGCUCGCCAGAUGAAAAGACAUAUUAGGGAUAUACGAUCACCGCUCAUAUAAGUAUAGGUAAGACGAAAACUAUCGGAUUCGCUCAGCUCGCCAAAACGACAGCGGAAAAUGGUCAGGAAAUACUACCUACAUAAACUCACCUCUUAUACCUCGCUGUUGUUUAUUAUUCUUCGUUGUUUAUUAUUCUUCGAUCAACGCUCCAAGAAUAAUAAUCAACUAGGCUUUUCGAUCCGACUUUUAUAUCGUCCAAGACGGUACAAAAACACGUUUUACUUAUUUCAUUGGCGUGCUAUAGACGAUAAAAUUAUAUUAUUGUCACAAACUUAGGAGUCUCUGUUAGAUAUAGGUGUCCCUGUUAAAAUACUGUGAAUAUUCCUGUUUCUUUUAGUAUACAAGAAUUAUAACAAGGCCAGUGCUACACUUUAACAGUAUAUUACUAUCCUGGUGUUACCCAAGGUACUCAUUUUAUCGUUUUCUUUAAGUGCCGUCUCCUAAUCGGAGGUUGGAUAUCAUCAUCACUAUCUUUACUCUAUCUACCGCUGCCCUAUAGAACUGAAUUUAACCAGUCCCUUAAAUUCUUCAACCAUGACACUCUUCCUAUCCUCAGUCCUCUUCUUAUCAUUUCUUAGCAUUUCAUGUCGCUGUCCCCUCAUUAAGUGUCUCACAUAUUGUAACUUUUUUAUUUUUGUGUUUAUUAUUUCAUAUUCUUUGCCCAUUUGUCGCAAUACUUUCGUGUUAGUUUUCUUCUGUGUCCAUGCUAUUCUAAGCAUCCUUCUGUAGUACCACAUUUCAAAUGACUUUGGCUUAUUUAAGUGUUCUUACUUCAAUAUCCAGCUUUCAAACUUAAUUGCUCUGACAGUAUCACUCACCUGUGUGUACAAUUUCUGAAAUUAAAUACCGGGUGUCCACUUAUAUUUUCCCUCAUUUUAGUAAAAGUUUUGUCUGAAUAGAUUGAAUUUUUUAUAUCGCUUUUAAAUACGAAAUAAAAAAUGGCGGAUUUUUGAAAAAAACUUUGUUGACUUUUUUUUAAUGGAACACCCAGUAUAUUCUUUUGUAAAUUGAAAGAAAGGUCAUUCACCUAUCUAGAGAUAUAAAGUUUUUCAAAAUCGGUUGUCAAAUCACUGAGUAAUUAAUUUUUAAAAUGAGAGGUGCAACGUGGAUAUCACAUACCUAAAUAACAUAACUAAGCAAGUUAUGUGAUUUCCUCAUUGCAUCUCUCAUUUUAAAAAUUAAUUGCUCAGUCAUUUGACAACCGUUUUUAAAAAUUUUUAUAUCGCUUGAUAGAUAAAUGACCGUUUUUUUCAAGUUUUUAGGUAAAUGACCAUUUUUUAUAUAUCGCUUUUAAAUAAAAAAUGGCGGAUUUUUGAAAAAAAAAACGUUGACUUUUUUUAUUAAAACACCCAGUAUAUUUUUUUGUAUCUUGAAAAAACGUCAUUUACCUAUCCAGCGAUAUAAAAUUUUUUAAAAUCGGUUGCCAAAUGACUGAGCAAUUAAUUAUUAAAAUGAGAGAUGUAAUGUGGAAAUCACAUAACAUAAUAUCAUUUUGCUCAGUUAUGUUAUUUAGGUAUGUGAUAUCCACGUUGCACCCCUCAUUUUAAAAAUUAAUUACUCAGUGAUUUGACAACUGAUUUUGAAAAACUUUAUAUUACUCUGGGCUAAUUAGCAAAAUACAAGGAAAAGUUAUUUACCAGCAAUUUUAUUGCUGAAAUCGAAUCUUAUUAUUGUAUGUAUUAAUAAUAUAGGUAUGCAAAGUCCGCAGAUAGUGUGCUACUUUUUUUAUAAACAAAAUGGCGCCCGAAAAUCGUGUUUUUGAAGAUAUUCUUCUUUAGCGGCGAAUCGAUUGAGGGUAAAAUUUGAUUGAUCAGCGCGCAUGCGCACACCGACAGUAUGGUAUUAGUCGUUAUACGGGCUCUGAGUGGGUGUUGAAAUUUUGAAAUGAUCUGUCAAUAAUUGUUCAAUAUGGAGGUUAUCGGUAAACAAAAAUAUUGUAUAAUAUUAGUUUUUAUUGAUGUGUGGACAGAAAUAAAAUCAAAUUUAUAAUUAUAGUGACUUUUUAAAUAGUUUGGAAAGCCGCAGGUACGUAAUUCUAAAUGUUUCAGUUGGAAAUACCUAAUAGUUUCAAUACCUAUCUAUUUGGAAAAUGUAAACAAAAUAAUGUAGUUAUUAGUAGGCAAUGCUUUAAUUUACAUAAUCUGAUUACAAACAAACUUUCUACAAAUCUUCAUCUCAUUUAUCGUUUUCUUACUCUAUAUUUUGUUGUAUUUUAUUUCGACAAAAAUCAAACUAAUAAUUUUAUUAAAUUCAUAUAAAUUUAUGGUGUAAACGUUUAGUUUGUGUAUAUUCCCACAUGAUGUAUACGCGAAUGUGGUGCAGUUUGAAAUGCCGUCAACUUUCGUACGGCGCGGUAGACGUGAAGUGGGUUCAAGCUCCAAGCAAGUUAUUAUUUUUUUUAUAGAUUUUAUGAUUGUAAAUAUAUUAUUAUAUAAUUUUUGAAGAUAUUCUUCUUUUUUGAAAGUGGUAGAUAAGAAAGUUAGUUUUAUUUUUAAAUAAAAUAAGUACAAAUAACCCUUUAAGUAUAUUUACUUCGUUUAAAUUACCUAUUAUAUAAUAGAAGAAUAUCUUCUUACGUGGGUACAAAGUACACACACACAUUCUUUUUUCAAUUUUUGCUCUAUAAUUCCAAAGAUUUUAACUUUACACCAAAAAGACUCAAAUAAAAUUUCACCGCAAUUAAAUUCUGCAUAGAGACGUGUUUUUCGCGAUUCACUUAGACGAAAACUUUCCCCGGAAAAAGCGGGUUUUUCCAACAAAAUCUUUAAUUUUCAACUAAAAUUUUAGAUAAGUAAUUGUUAAUCAAUAAUU